AUGGAAGACGGGGCCAUCGACUUCCGUAGGCGCCCAAUGCUGCGUGACCGCGCCCUCUCACAACAAGCUGUAGUCACCGAGUCAUCAACGUCCACUCACCUAGCGGCAUGGCCCUAUGGGAUCUUCGACGAGCUGCUGGCUGUCAACACGUGCUCUUGGGUUAACCAGCCGCGGCAGCAAGCCAUUGCCCUCGUUUCCUCGCUCAACGGUACUUGGGUUGAAUGGCCGGCGGAAUUUGCCGCCAAUCAUGACCGAAAUUCAAGCAUCCCGCACACUCCCCGUUCAUGCUCGCCUCCCGCUCUGGCUGCAACCCGCAGGUUUAAGGCUGAGCGAGAAGCCAUUGAGUCAUAUCAGCUGAGCUCCAUCUCUGGGCGUAAUGGCCUUAGCGACAUCGGGAUGAUCGGCCCGCACGCUCCUCCCCGGCAACCCAAGGCCGGCGUAUGGAGGCGUCGAGAUGUGUGA